AUGCAUGUAACCUGUGAGAUACCUGGUGUAAAAUCCCCCUCACUCCACUAUAAGAGGAGACAGCAUGGAGACACAGACGCACAUCUUUCCCAGGACUCUUCCUCUGAGUAACACACACACAGCCAUUAAUCCUAAACAAAAUGUUGCUCUUAGAUAACCACAGCGAUGAAGAUGCUGCUCAGCCGCUCUCUCCACCUGCUCCUCCUGCUCAGCUGUCUGAGCGAACUGGUGGAGAGCCGAACUCUACACCUGAACAGCUGCUCGGUCGUUGUUCACACACAGGAGCUGCGCAAAUACUACUCCGACAUACGAUCAAAUGCGAUUGCAGCAGACAGUGAGAUCGGAGUGAAACUUCUGGACAAAUCAUUGAUUAAGGAUGUUCAGGAUGGUCAGACGUGCUGUUUCCUGUAUCUCGUGCUGCGUUUCUAUGUGGAGAGAGUGUUCAGGAACUACGCCUCCCCUCAGCCACAGGAUCAACGCUGCUCCAGCGCUCUGGCCAACGCUUUUGUCAGCAUCAGGAGGGAUAUACACACAUGUCACUGCCACUGCACAGAGGAAACGCAGAGAGCAGUCGACUCCCUGCACGCUCAGUUUAACCAGCUAGAAAUAAUCCAGGCAGCACAGAAGGCCGUGGGAGAACUGGACACUGUGCUGGAGUGGCUGGAGGGACUCGGCCAGAACGUUCUCGCAUGA